AUGGACGACGUUGGGACGACGUUCCGGCGCCCACAGUCUCGGGCCGACGCCAAGAAGAGGUCAAGAUAUGAUUCUAUUGCUACAAGGCAGAAGAUGAUUACGGAGUGCCAGAAGCGCGUCAAGCUCACACCGCGCAAGGAGCAGCUCGACAUCGCAGAGAGCAUGCUUCUUGGUCUUGACUCGACUUCUAUGGCUGGAACGGGAUGGGGAAGACCCUCCGUUUGCACUUCCUCUACCGCAAUCAUCAUCUCUCCAUUGAACGUGCUGGAACUGGACCAGGCUCGGAAGUUCGGCGAGUGGGGGCUGCGCGCAGUUGCCGUAAAUGGGGAGACGUAUGAUGAUGGCAUGCACGAGAACAUCAAGAAAGGGAAGUAUGACAUCGUCAUACUCGGACCAGAGCUUCGCCUCGACGCCGGCGGCCGCUUCCGGCCCUUGCUCAGUGACCCACAAUUCUCAAAGAGAAUCCUCAACAUCAUCGUCGACGAGGCGCACUGUAUUGCACAGUGGGGAGAUAGCUUCCGACCAGAGUACGGGCAGCUCGAGGCGUUACGCGCUCUCGUCCCGCUACAUGUUCCCAAAGUCCGCGAUGCCCUCCAUAUCUCCGCUCAGCACUCAUUCCACCUCAACCUCGGUAAUGAUCGCCCAAACAUCAGCUGGGAGGUGCGGAAGAUGAAGGGGACAAAGACCAGCAUCCAGGAGCUCGGGUUCCUCGUCCCAGAAGAUGCCGAGCGAGCAGAAAAACUCACCUGGUCAAUCAUGUUCUUCAACGACAUUGCGCUGUUCAUCAAGGCGGGGGAGUGGCUUCGCAAUCAGCUUCUGGAACGCCUGCGUGAUCGCGUUAAGGAAUACAAUUCCCAACGCGGGGACCUAUCGAAGAGGCUCACCUUUGAGCUCUUUCGAAGGGGGUUUGUCGACAUCUUGAUCCCCACCGAAUCAGCCGCAUGGUAUGGCUGCGACGUACCAGACAUUGAGCUAGUGGUGCAGUUCAUGGUGCCAGACUCGCUUACAUCCGUUUUCCAAGAGGUGAACAAGGCAAAUUGUGAGCCAGGGGAUCCGGUCCAGCACAGGAAGGAAAUCGACAACGACUUACGUUCGUGGAUUGAAGCACCUGAGAACCAGUGUCGUCGUGAGGUCGCAGAUCAUCUGUUUGACAAUCCGCCCCAUCAGAACCCGUUGGGCGCGUGCUGUGACCACUGCGAGCGUGAGGGUGGUGGAAUGAUGGAUGUCGAUCCACCGGCCGACCCGGAUUCCGGGGGGACAGAAAACGCAGUCGAGGAGCCUUCGCAGGACGAGCCCGAUGCCCCAAGACCACGGCUAUGGCGAUCUGUGGUGCCCAUCACCCGGACGGGCGUGUACUUGAACGAGGCUGUCGCCCUCCUGCAGCAGUGGCGGAGACGGGUGUAG